UUGAAUGAUUCCAAUGAAACCCAGGAAAAUAUUAUGAGCCGUGAUUCAGAUCAUUCUGCACCUAGUACAAAUAAAAUAUUUAAAUCACCAAAUAAAUUACAACGACGGAAAAGUAAUACGUUUGAUCAACGAGCAGAAGAAGCCUAUAAUAAUAUGCAGGAGGCUCUUAAAAAACGACGUGAUAGGGACCAAAGUACUACAUUUGGAGAGCAUGUUGCUAACAAACAUAGAUCAUAUACAGUUCGCGUACAAGCUCGUUCAGAUUCAACAACACCGACAUCGCCUUUUCCCGUUGAGCAGCAGCCAUCAAGAACUCCAACACCAACGAUGACAUCCUUUACCGUUCAUCAGCUGUCAUCAAGAACUCCAACACCAACGUUGCCAUCUAUUUCAUCGACAUCAACUUUGAUGUCUCCCUAUCAGUAUCAGAUUUCAAGAACUUCAAUACUGAAUUUGCCAACUAAUCAGUCAAUUUCAAGUACUGCAUUGCUAAAUUUCCAAGGUCAAGGACCACAACUGGUUAAAUACUCGAAACAAAGUAGUUCUGGAAGCUGUGGUUCUCGAUCUGGACCAAAAAAAGUUACUGUGCUUCGCUCAUUAAUUGUCAAAAGAUCAAAGAAUAAUCUUCAAAAUAUACCACCCAAUGAACAACAUCUAUCACCGGAAGAGAAAUAUAUAUCACCCGAAGAACAAAACGUCGUACCUAGGAUCGAUCCCAGUUUUAUCCAGGACGAUUUCACGGAUAUUUCUCAAGAAGGAAACACUGAUCAUAUAGUUUCAUUUAGUAAUAAUUUCAUUCCUGAAUAA